GAGCCGCUGGGUUAUGAAAAGGUAAACUAUUUUCAAAGGCAAAGGGGCCACCACGUGAAUACAAUCCCUCCGAUUCCACACUUAUAUUCCUUCAUUCAAAUUGUUUUUUCUUUCGUGUCCAAUCAUCCCCAAUAAUCAAAGAAACCUAUCGAAAAGAAGAUCUACUAAGACCCGUGAAGAAUCGCACAAUGAACAGUCAAAAUCCAAUCACGAUGUGAACAUGUGAUCGGAGAAUUCAUAAUCUAUAAACCCUUUGCUUUCUUUGAUAUCAAUUUACUGACUCGAAGAGUUGAAGCCAAUGGAUUCAGCAUCGGGGGUGGGAACGGAGGGUCCAUCUUCAGCAGCAACAAGCAGUGGAGGAGCCUGCGAGGGUGGUGACUGCGGGUCAACGGCUGCGCCACCGAGUCGCUAUGAGUCUCAGAAGCGCCGGGACUGGACAACUUUCCUACAGUAUCUGAAGAACCAAAAACCACCGCUGACACAGACCCAAUGCAGCGGAGCCAAUGUAAUCCAGUUCUUGAAAUACCUAGACCAGUUUGGGAAAACUAAGGUGCAUGUGAAGGGGUGCCCUUAUUUUGGGCAACCAAACCCUCAAGAACCUUGCGCAUGCCCUUUGAAACAGGCUUGGGGGAGCCUUGAUGCCCUCAUCGGACGACUUAGAGCAGCCUACGAAGAGAACGGAGGAAGUCAUGAGUUAAACCCUUUUGCAGCCAAAGCUGUGAGAAUAUAUCUUAGGGAAGUGAGGGAAAGUCAGACGAAAGCCAGAGGAAUAUCCUAUGAGAAAAAGAGGCGAAAAAUGUCCACUGCCGCCACCUCCAUGGCUGGUGGCGUUAGCUAUACUGGUGGUGUCGGUGGGAAUAAUAAUGCUAAUGGUACUAGUACAAUUUCAACUCCUACAACAUAUUAAUAAAUUAAAUUAAUUACUGUA